GCCGCUUUCCGAAGGCCCAGGGCCGAGCGGAGCGAGAGCUGAGGGGGUUCCUCCUCCUCCCAACCGGGACAGGCCCGGCCCUGCGUUUUCUGCGGGCUUUGGGGGGGGGCGGAAGGCGAGAAGGGCGAGCCCGUGAGGCAACCAACGGGCGCCCUUUCCGACACCGCCUGCCCGGCUUGAGCAGCCGCCGCCUCGGCCUCUUCCCCUUCCUCAGAGCCCGCCAUGGUGCAGCUGGAGGUGAACGUGGCCUUUGUGCGCUCCCUCAGGGGAGGCCUGAAGAUCGCCCGCAUGGUUUUAGCUUUCAUGGCAUUUGUCAGUUUUGUUGCUGUAAGAGGUCAUGAGGCAUUCAUAACGCUCGUAAUCAUGGAGUUCGUCAUCGCUGCAUUAUUCUUUUUGCUGUAUCUGCUGAGUCUACAAAAAAAACUGCAUUUCUUCUUCUGGCCCUUAGCUGAUGCUUUCAACAGUCUUGUGGCUGCGUUGUUCCUCAUCAUCGUGGGCCUGUGCGCAACGUUAAUCAAGACCAACACUGGAACUUUAGUUGGAGGAGUGUUCUGUCUGCUGCUGUUCGUUCUCUGUAUAGUCGAUGCUGUUGUCCUCUUGAAAAUGAUUUCCUUUAACAAGGGUGCAAGCCGGAAUGUUACUCACAACUAGAACAACCAGCUAACCUUCGGAAAGCCUUUUUAGCAGGAGGCUUUUUGUGCCACAAGCUCCUAUGUAUUUGUCUAAAGAGAAAAAAAAUAGGGCAAGAUCCAGCUUGUCAAAUUCCUUUAAGACCCGCUGAUUUCAACAGGAGGAAUUUAAGUUUGUGCUUAACUUUCCUCCUGAAACCAAGGGGACCUAAGGAAGCUUUGCUUU